AUGGUGUUUGAAAUAUUUGGCUUGAGAGAACAAAAAAUGUCUAAAAACAUAUUUUUACUUUGUGUAGAGUACGAUUAUAUAAAUAUAUCUAAUACUAAUUAUGUUGAUAAAAAAUACUUUUGUUAUGUAUUCUAUGAUUUUUUUAUUUUUAUCUUUAUAUUUUCCGCAACGGAAAUUCUUUUUUGGACUAAAAAAAAUACAGAGAUUACUUGUUUUUUAUCCUUGUCUAGAACAUAA